GCGGGCUCAGCGCGCACAGGGACCCCGCUCCGCAGUGAAGUCGGCCGGGAGGCCAGCACGCCGCCGUCUCCAAUGCGAGCCCUGCUGCUGCUCUCCGCGCUGGCCUGGCUCUCCGGGUGCCACCCUGUUGCUGGAUUAGGACUAAAUGUGACCGAGCAGGAGAAAAAUGGUCCUGUGGCAUGGGACCACAGCGUCGAUGGGAGCACCAUGCCCUCAGGAAUUGACUAUGAAGAUACUGAAGAUGACGAGGAGGACGACCCAGCAGUGUCUAUGUACAUUGUAGAUGAUUCGAUUAGAGUUGAACCUGUGAUUAAACCCAAGCAAACAAAAACCGAUAGGGAAAAGAAUCCUGACAAAACGAAAAGAAAGAAAAACAAAGGGAAGAAAAAUAAGAAGAAGAAAGGGACACCGUGUGAAGGAGAGUACAAAAAUUUUUGCAUUCAUGGUGAAUGCAAAUACCUAGAAGACCUCAAAGAAGUAACAUGCAAAUGCCAUCAGGAUUAUUUUGGUGAACGCUGUGGUGAACAGUUCAUGAAGACUCAUAAGAGAAAUGACAUAGGCAACUAUUCCACAACGAUAUUGGUGGUGGUAGCUGUUCUGCUGUCCAGCAUCAGCUUCAUUGCAAUUGUCGUCAUUGUUAUAAUGCAGGUCAGGAAAACGUAUCCUCAAUAUGAAGAAAAGGAGGAAAGAAAAAAGCUCCGACAAGAGACUGGAAAUGGCCAUGUUGGCGUGUAAAGGAGAGCGCAGAACGUGAAGCUGAAACGACCUUUGCCAAAGCUGCAGAGUAACUCCUUCAUGAAGGCGCAUGUAGGAGAUGGCCAGUGCUGGAGCCACUAGGAGCUGUUGCCAGGAGGCCCCACUCAAUCAACACCAAUCCUGUAAGGAGGCCUCUGAAGAACAAUUUGAUGCUGAGAAGCUGGCUUGGCUGGGCUGGGCUGCUGCCAACACAUCCUGGCUGCCCAAUGUGGAGGAUGUUGCAACUAGAGUGUUAAAAGCACCACUGUCGGGAGCUACAUGGGAACUGCUGCCAGUGGGCCCCAUCCUGUCGUUGAUGGAAGACUACCAACUUUCUGCUGCUACCUGGAUAACAUUCCUUUUGACUCUUGCUGUUUGCUGCAAGUGUCCUGCAGUCAGGCUUGUUGUCGGAAGUCUCCAUUUAAGGGAGAUUGUGGCUUUAAGGAGAACAGAGGGCUUGUUGCCCCUUUCUCCCCCAUUGUUACACAAAAGGAAGCAGGACGCAAUUUGAUUAAGCUUGUUCCCCAGACCUUUGUGACUGGAGGUGCACGACAGGUGUGGGGCGAGUUUUCUUCUCCCACCCCUGUGAUCCUACGUGCCGUAUCUGCUUUAUUAGCAGCAGACCAGGAAUCUGAAGGCGUGCCUGCACCAGAGGGGGUUGAGUUCUAGUCUGCACUAGUGUGCUGUGGACUAACUGGUCUGUGUUGACCUUGCUGGUGCAUGCUACAGGUUCCCUAGUGCAGAUUGACAUAGUCCUGUUUCAAGCAUCAGUGUGCACUGGGAAGCUUGCAGUGCCAGCAGGGUCCACCUAGUCCAGUUUGCACAUGACGUACUAGUGCAGACUAAAGCAUGGUGUAGACAAGCCCUGACUCUGGUUCUUCCCCAAAAUCUAUUCAUGAUCUCACUGAAGAUUCCUUUUGUAACCAACCUGGGCCCUGAGCCUGCGAACAUGAGCAGUUCCAUUAACUUCAAUGGGGCUAUUCAUAUGAGUAAAGUUAUGCAUGCAUUUGCUGGAGACAGAGUGAUGGCUUUGGAGUUUCAAUUAGAAUCAUAGAAGAUCAGGGUUGGAAGGGACCUCAGGAGGUCAUCUAGUCCAACCCGCUGCUCCAAGCAGGACCAAUCCCCAACUAAAUCAUCCCAGCCAGGGCUUUGUCAAGCCUGACCUUAAAAACCUCUAAGGAAGGAGAUUCCACCACCUCCCUAGGUAACCCAUUCCAGUGCUUCACCACCCUCCUAGUGAAAAAGUAUUUCCUAAUAUCCAACCUAGACCUUUCCCACUUCAACUUGAGACCAUCUACAAGAAGCAAUGGUCUCCAGGCUUUAAUUCUAGUACAUUGGACAAUGAAAACCUUUGUUCUAAUUUAAGUUCAUAAGAUCAAGAACUAGGUGCUGUUGCCCCAGCUAAGAUACUCAUUAAAGAAAACAGGAGCACUCUGAACUUCCAGAAAAUGUGGAAGCAAACCCUUAGUUUUAAGGCAUUUCUUGGGUCUUUUGUUACAGAACCUCUGCCAGUUAAUUUAUUAGUCGUUUCUGUCUAUGAUCUCCUUGUCCAGAGCUUUCUCCCUGGGCUUCCAGAUCUUGGCACUUCCAAGUAAACCUCAAGUAAUAAAAGUUGAAGUCCUAGAAGUCUAAGAUAUAAAAUAUUUUCUAGUCUCGGUAAUAAAGAACCCCUCUUCUGGAGAAGAGCUAGAGUCAGAUGCUACCGCUUGUGCUGAAUAUCAACAAUAUCUAUAAAGUUAUUGUGAUUUCCCCUCCCCCCCCCCCCCCUUGAAAUGCACAGAAUUUUCUAAAGUACUUUGUCUUAAUCUCCUUUUGCUGACUUGUGUCCUUAUGAUCCCAUUUGAGAACUUUCCCUAACCAAUUCAAACCAAAUGUUGUGCAUGAAGUAUUGCAUUCUUUUCAGGAGUCAAGUAUGUUUAUAAUUUAUUUCUAAGGCUUAAUAGAAAAAGCUUUUCUGAUGGUUAAGCGAAACUGUUAAAUUAAAUUUUAUUUCUGUAAGUAUGUAAGUACAGAGUUUUAUACUAUUGUAAAUAUUUAUUACUGUAUUUAAUAUUUAAGGUAUGUGCAUAACAUAAAGGAA